CUUGGGUUAAACAUGGAGGAAUUAGAGACUUGUGAACCUGACGCCGGUCUAGGGAAUGGGGGUCUGGGUCGCCUAGCAGCCUGCUUCCUCGACUCUAUGGCUAAUAAAGGGAUAGCAGCAACGGGAUAUGGCAUUCGUUAUGACUAUGGAAUUUUUGAACAAGAUAUCGAGAAUGGUUGGCAGCCUUGA